CCCACUGGUCUGUGUAUUCUGCAGCUUUCUGCCCCAGUAUUAGAGCUCUCAGAUAAGUUACUACUUCAGGAUGGCAUUCCCAGGCCGGGUACACCCCUUUGUCAUUCCAGAAAAUGAAGAGAUCCCACAAACUAUAAUUAAUGAUGUCCACGAUGCUGAUGAGAAUGAAGACGAGAAGGCUGUAUCCAAACUGCAGCGUAGGCAAAGUGACAUAAAAGUCUACAAGGAAUUCUGUGACUUUUAUGCAAGAUUCAACAUGGCAAAUGCCUUGGCUAAUGCCCUGUGUGAAAGAUGUAAAGGAGGCUUUGCACCUGCUGAGAAGAUUGUGAACAGCAACGGGGAGCUGUAUCAUGAACAGUGCUUCGUGUGCGCCCAGUGCUUCCAGCAGUUCCCUGAAGGCCUCUUCUAUGAGUUUGAAGGAAGGAAGUACUGUGAACAUGAUUUUCAGAUGCUUUUUGCACCGUGCUGUCACCAGUGUGGUGAAUUUAUCAUUGGUCGAGUUAUUAAAGCCAUGAACAACAGCUGGCACCCUGAAUGCUUCUGCUGUGAUCUCUGCCAACAAGUCCUAGCAGACAUUGGUUUUGUCAAGAAUGCUGGGAGACAUCUCUGUCGACCUUGCCAUAAUCGGGAGAAGGCGAGGGGCCUUGGGAAGUACAUUUGCCAGAAGUGCCAUGCCAUCAUUGAUGAGCAGCCUCUUAUAUUCAAGAAUGACCCUUACCAUCCGGAUCAUUUCAACUGUGCCAACUGCGGGAAGGAAUUGACUGCUGAUGCUCGUGAAUUGAAAGGAGAAUUAUAUUGCUUGCCAUGUCAUGACAAAAUGGGAGUCCCCAUUUGUGGAGCCUGUAGACGGCCUAUUGAAGGACGCGUUGUAAAUGCGAUGGGCAAGCAGUGGCAUGUGGAGCAUUUUGUCUGCGCCAAGUGUGAGAAACCAUUUCUUGGGCAUCGUCAUUAUGAGAGGAAGGGCCUGGCAUAUUGUGAAACUCACUACAAUCAGCUAUUUGGUGAUGUUUGUUUCCACUGUAACCGUGUCAUUGAAGGGGAUGUUGUUUCAGCCCUGAAUAAGGCCUGGUGUGUGAACUGUUUUGCCUGUUCUACUUGCAACACUAAAUUAACUCUCAAGGAUAAGUUUAUUGAAAUUGAUCUAAAACCAGUCUGCAAACACUGUUACGAGAAAAUGCCAGAAGAAUUUAAGCGGCGACUUGCUAAACGGGAGAAAGAAGCAAAGGAUAAAGACAAGCAGAAAAAGAAAAAGCCAGUCUGUUUGUAA